AUGGCUAGCAACGUGACCGCUACCAGAGAAGCUACAAGGCGUACUCACACUUACAGUUUCCAUCGCGAAGGUUUGGUUCAGUUGGGGCAAUUGGGUGGAUUGAUCACUGGUCAUAAUAAAACUGUGUUCACUGAGAAUUAUGGAAACAUCUUGACUCUUUUGGACUCACACGUCGACGAAUGGGGUUUAUCUACUCUUCUCCAGUUCUAUGAUCCUGACUUGCGUUGUUUCACCUUCUCAGGCUAUCAGUUGGCUCCCACUCUCGAGGAGUACUCUCACUUCCUCAGUAUCAAGAUUCAACACAAGGUUCCUUUCGUGUGUGUCCCAGAGAAACCUGAUUUGAACAACAUUGCCAACGCUCUUUAUUUGAGCAUAGAAGACGUUCUUGGGAAUUGGAAGAAGAAUGGUAGCACUCAGGGUUUCUAUAUGAGUUUCUUGGUUGAGAAGGCUCAAGAGUUGGCUAACAAAAAGAUGUGGGAGGCUUUCAACGCCCUUCUGGCCGUUUUGAUUUAUGGGAUCGUAAUGUUCCCUAACAUUCACAAGUUCGUUGAUCUGGCUGCUAUAUGUCUUUUUGUGGAGAAGAAUCCGGUCCCUACUUUGCUAGCCGAUACGUACUAUUCUGUUCACUCUCGAUAUGGGAAAGGAGGAGCCAUAAGAAAUUGUUUGCCGCUGUUAUACACCUGGUUUAAGUCUCACCUGCCUACAAGUGGUCCUUUCAUUACUUCUACUCAGAAAUGGUCUCAAAGGAUCAUGGGGCUUACCGGAAAUGACAUUGUCUGGUGUCCUGCUGGGAUGGACGUAGAGAAGGUUAUAACUAGUUGUGGUGCUUUUGGCAAUGUUCCCCUCAUGGGAACAAAAGGUGUUAUCAAUUAUAAUCCUAAGCUAGCGCUGCGUCAAUUGGGUUUUGCACUUGAAAACAAGCCUUCGGACAAAGAGAUAUUUGAAUCCGUUUGCUUUGAGAAGGGAACCGAUCUAAAAGGUUUAGAAAAAGUGGUGAGUGCCUGGAAUGACAUCCAUACGAGUGAUCAGAUUUCUCUAGGUGAAAAGAAUGCCGUUGCCAAACAAGCCUACACGGAUUGGGUUGAAAAUAGAGUUAAAGAUCGCCUGUUGCCUUUCCCGAAGGUUAAUCCAUUGUACGAGCAGCCACCUAAGAUUCCAAUUGCCACUGUACCUGCUGAGAAUUGCAUCCCAGUAAAUAUGGAAAGCACCCAAUUGCACGAAAAGAAGUCGGAUGUGCAACCGAAACAUUGUCUUGUGGACCAGAAAAGAGUUGAGUUGACACACGAAGCCAAAAUGCUGAAGGGAGGAUCUUCCAGAGUUCAAAAGAGGGCUAGAACGGAAAAAGGUGAAAGAGAUACUACUGUUAUUGUCGAGGAUCACCAGAAGAUCCUAAAAAGGGCCAUGAAAGAAGCAGAAGAGAAACUCAAGCAAGAGUACCGAGAAGACUUGAAAGCUUAUAAGCUCAAGAUAGAAAGGGAUGCUAGAGUUGAAGUAAAGAAUCUGAAAAAGAAACUGGAAGAAGAGACCACUAAAAGAAUGAUUCCGAGUCGAAUGGCAUCGGUUUCGUGGAUUUCUGGGCGGGAUGAAUCGGGCGCCACCGUGAGGGCCGCCGGGGAAGACGACCGGAGGUGGCUCUCCGGCGUCUGUGAGUUUUAUUUGUUGCCUUUCCGUCAUCCUACGUGGCAUGAUCUUACUGGUUCCUUUUCCUAUUUAGUGGUUAUUCCAUCAAUAUCCAAAUGA